AUGGCCGCCGCAGUUGCACAGGGAGCCGCCGGCAACAACUCCUUCAAGGACAAGGAGAAGCCGAUGGCCGUGCGGGCCUCCAACAUUCUCGCUGCUCGGGCUGUUUCCGAUGCCAUUCGAACCUCGUUGGGACCCAGGGGUAUGGAUAAGAUGAUCCAAACACCUAAGGGUCAAACCAUCAUCGUACGCAGCCCAUUUUCAUGA